GACUUUCCUAGUUUAAAGAUUCCAAGAUUGAGUUCUGCCGACAAUUUAUGGACCAAAGACAAAUGAAAAAGCAGCAAAUCAAACUUACACUAACUCCAAGGGGAAUAGUACGUAGAGAUCAUGACACGGCAUUAUUACUAAUAGGAAGGAAAAAAUAAUUCGAGAAAUAAUAAAAAAGAAUUCGAGUAUCAGUGAAAAUAUGGAGUGGGCCAACUAAUAUUCGCACACGCCGUUUAUUUCCCACGUGGGCGAUAACAACUGAGGCUGCUCUCUUCUCUUCACAACGCAUCUCAUGCAUUUUGCGCUAUUAUAUAAACACCCAACUUCAUCUCGAAAUCUUACACCAACACACAAAGAUUCCAUUACAAAUAAACAAUUUUCAUAUAUAUCUAUAACAAAAAAAAACAAUGGCUACCUCAAGCAUGAAGAGCAUUCCAAUGGCGAUCCCAAGUUUCUCCAUGUGUCACAAGCUCGAGCUCCUUAAAGAAGGCAAAACUCGCGACGUCCCGAAAGCCGAAGAAGAUGAAGGGCUAAGCUGCGAGUUCCAAGAGAUGUUGGAUUCUCUUCCUAAGGAGAGAGGAUGGAGAACUCGUUACCUUUACCUAUUCCAAGGGUUUUGGUGCCAAGCCAAAGAGAUUCAAGCCAUCAUGUCUUUCCAAAAACAUUUCCAAUCCCUCGAAAACGACGUCGUUCUCGCCACCAUACCUAAAUCCGGUACAACCUGGCUAAAAGCUUUAACUUUCACCAUCCUUAACCGUCACCGGUUUGAUCCGGUUGCCUCGAGUACCAACCACCCUCUUUUCACUUCCAACCCUCAUGACCUUGUACCUUUCUUCGAGUACAAGCUUUACGCCAACGGAGAUGUUCCCGAUCUCUCGGGUCUAGCCAGUCCAAGAACGUUCGCAACCCACUUACCGUUCGGUUCCCUAAAGGAAACGAUCGAGAAACCCGGUGUGAAGGUCGUGUACUUGUGCCGGAACCCGUUUGACACAUUCAUCUCUUCGUGGCAUUACACCAACAACAUCAAAUCCGAGUCAGUGAGCCCAGUCUUGCUAGACCAAGCUUUUGAUCUGUAUUGCCGGGGAGUGAUCGGGUUUGGCCCGUUUUGGGAACACAUGUUGGGAUACUGGAGAGAGAGCUUGAAGAGACCAGAGAAAGUCUUCUUUUUAAGGUACGAGGAUCUCAAAGACGACAUCGAGACCAACUUGAAGAGGCUUGCAACUUUCUUAGAGCUUCCUUUCACCGAAGAAGAGGAACGAAAGGGAGUUGUGAAGGCUAUCGCCGAGCUGUGUAGCUUCGAGAAUCUGAAGAAGUUGGAGGUGAACAAGUCAAACAAGUCGAUCAAGAACUUUGAGAAUCGAUUCUUGUUUCGGAAAGGAGAAGUGAGUGAUUGGGUUAACUAUUUGUCACCUUCACAAGUGGAAAGAUUGUCAGCCUUAGUGGAUGACAAGUUAGGUGGAUCUGGUCUCACUUUCAGGUUGAGCUAAAUAUAAGGCCACGUGCCCCCAUUUCUACUCUUGUUCUGAGGGCCUACUAUAUACGUUAAGCUAAGUUAAGGCAGUUGUAUUGUUGUUACAGAUAGACAUCGAAGCAACGUAACGUCCAUAAUUAAGUUAAUUUGUCGUUUUUAUUUUUGUCAACACCGAAGUUUGUCGAAUUUUUAUUUUAUUAAAUAUCGCUUGUUUUUGCAGUUAUGUUUUUAUUUUUACUAGAGUAUUAUUGUUCAUGUGUGAAGCUAAAUGUAUUGUAAAGUAUGUUAAAAUUGAGUAUAUAUAUAUA